UUGGUCAAAAUUAAUGAAUGCAAACGCACUGCGGCGUAUUUUAGGGCAACAAGGGGGAAGAAACUGGAUGUUUGUCGUAUCGGGCUCGGAUGCAUCGCUUUUUUGCAGAGCUGGAGCCAUCUCUAUCCGUCACUGAGCAAAACCUGGCAAACCGAGUUCGGUUACAUCCUGCGCUCCAACAUAUUUGGUGACGCCGAACUCGAACGACUACGAUAUGAGGCUAUUCCUUCAUCGAAUGGAAAUGCUACGGCUGGGAAUGCGGCGCCACUAGAUGCGCAACAAACUGCAUAUGUGGAUGCCGCCGUCAACAUUCCAUUUGUGGCUAAUUCAGAUGAUGAUGGAAUAGUCUCCCACAAACUAGAGAAAAUGAGGAGCAUAUUGGAAGAGUCGAUGCUGGAAAUACGCAGCAUGCCUCUCGAAAAUCGACCGCGACUUCCCCGCAUACCCCUUAGUAAGCGAAAUCGGGCUGUCGUGCGGGCUCUUAACCCAAUGCUGGUGACCUAUUUGGAAGCCAGUGGGACCUUUGCGAGACGGACUCAAUUCUUUUUUGGCGCCGCACUGGCAGUAUGCCGUAUUAUUGGCGCCAACUUUCCGUGGCUGGACGUGCUACUCAAAAAAGUAGCGCCAUCCCAGCCUGGAGAAAAAGAAUUGAGGACCGUAUCGCAAAGGCAAGGGCCCUUAUCGGCAGACUGA